GUAAUUGAAAUGCUAAUGAAAACGGUUAAAACUUUGGUAAAGAAUCGAAAACUACCAUACCAUAACUUCAGUAAUAAUGGAGAACAUACGAAUGGUUAUCACAACCCUGCUGGUGUUUGUGAUAUGUGCGGUGGUGGAGGAAACUCUGGGAACUUUCGUUAAGUACUCCACCAUAGCUGUGACAGUGGAAAAACUUCUCGAACUUGGCGUGGCAUCGAAGAACUACUCAGCCGCAACAGCCAUCUACUGCGCGAUGCAGGCAAUGCUAAGUGGCACCGGCUUCCUAACUCUGUGCGUGCACAGCACCAGCGGGCAGUGCCUGCUACUGAACUCGACGUAUCCGGCCCUGUUCAACCGAACUUAUCCGAGUUCUAAGGAUUACAACUGCUACAUUCGCGAACCUUUUCCCCGUUCAAUUGCUGUCGCCCCACCCUGUCCGGCCUCCUUCGACUGGGUUGCGGACGUCGGUUGUGUGCUUGUGGUUGAGUACGGAGUGACGUACGACGUCGCCAAGGCCUCGUGCCCUGGAGGCUCCCAGCUCGUCUCUCUCUACGCUGACAACUUCCUCAAGCUCACUGCCUACGUAUACGAAAAGUCACUCCGGCCAAGGGGUUUCUCUACUGGUUGGUACAUCGUGGGGCUUCAGCGCAACAACAUCGUGUGGACUUGGCGCACGGGCCAAGUCAUGUCCGGCUUGCCUGGUUCGGGAUUUUGGGGAUCGCUCGAGCCCAACGAUAACUCAGACUGUGCAUUUCUUCAGUUCAGUAACGGUGCCUUCUACCUUGGGGACAUGCCAUGCAAUACUGGUUCAUUCUAUGUUUGUGCACUGCAGUGA